ACUUAAAAACAACGCUACGCGAAUCACCCGACCCUACGAACCCCCGCCCCUUCGUCGCUCUAUUCGGGGCUCUCCCCGCCCCUCCAGCACCCUUUCUAAUUCGGGGCUCUAAGUCUCUGUCUCUCUCUCUCAAUCUCCCGAUUCAGAUCGAUCCCCCAAAAGCCUUCGUUUUCUCUCCAAAAACUGUCUCUCUUUGGUUAUCGUUCCUAUCCCACUCCCACUGCUACACUGCUCAAUCUCACAACGCUGCUUAUUGUUUCCAUUUUUCUCUUGGUAGGUUUCUGGAAGUGCUUAUCUUAGCUAAGGCUUCGCCCGCGAUUCGUUGAAGCAUCGAACACCUUGAAUCAAGGACGACUGUGGAGUGAAAGAACAAUAGAAAACGAAGAUGUUUGGUUCAACGAGCCCUUUUGGGCAAUCAUCAAGUAGCCCAUUUGCUUCCCAAUCUGUUUUUGGCCAGACCAACAACACAAAUAGCAAUCCAUUUGCUCCUAAUCCUUCCUUUGGUAGUGUUACCCCUUUUGGAUCUCAAACAGCCGGUUCAAUAUUUGGGGGUACUUCUACUGGAGUGUUUGGUGCUGCCCAAUCUUCUUCUCCCUUUUCCUCAACAACUGCCUUCGGUGCCUCAUCAUCUUCAGUUUUUGGAAGUUCCAUGCCAGCUUUUGGAUCUUCUUCUACUCCAGCAUUUGGCAGUUCAUCAUCAUCUUUUGGUGCAUCGUCUGUUUUUGGUCAGAAGCCUAUGUUCGGCUUUGGGUCAACUACUACUCAAUCAAGUCCUUUUGGAAGCACGACACAACAAUCACAACCUGCAUUUGGAAGUAGCAUAUUUGGUUCCUCUGUGCCUUUUGGUUCAACUCAGUCUGCAUUCGGCGCCACCAGCACCCCUGCUUUCGGUGCCACCAGCACCCCUGCUUUCGGUGCCACCAGCACCCCUGCUUUCGGUACCACGAGCACCCCUGCUUUUGGUGCCACCAGCACCCCUGCAUUUGGUGCCACGAGUACCCCUGCCUUUGGUGCCACGAGUACCCCUGCCUUUGGUGCCACGAGAACUCCUGCAUUUGGUGUCUCUAAUGCCCCGGUGUUUGGAACAGGAGGUACAUUUGGAGCGUCAAGCACACCAGCUUUUGGCACUUCCAGCACUCCUGCUUUUGGAGCAUCUUCAACUCCAUCAUUCAGCUUUGGGUCAGCAUUUGGCCAGUCAACGCCUGCAUUUGGUAGCUUUGGUGCCACAAGCACCCCUGCCUUUGGUUCCUCGAGCACCCCUGCCUUUGGUUCCUCGAGCACCCCUGCCUUUGGUUCCACAAGCACCCCUUCCUUUGGUGCUACAAGCACCCCAGCCUUUGGUUCAACUGGAAGUCCAUCAUUUGGGAGAAGUGGAACUGCAUUUGGUACGCCUAAUACCUCAGUCUUUGGAACUGGAGGCACUUUUGGAGCACCAAGCACACCUGCUUUUGGAGCAUCUUCUACUCCUUCAUUCAGCUUUGGGUCUAGCCCAGCUUUUGGCCAGUCAACACCAGCAUUUGGUAGUAGUCCUUUUGGAACCACUGCUUUUGGAGCCCAGAGUUCUCCUUUUGGAAGUCAAUCUUCUGCACCAGCCUUUGGAAGCACUAGCUUUGGCCAGUCAACUUUUGGGGGUCAACGUGGGGGAAGUCGAGUAGCUCCUUACACUCCUACUACUGAAGCAGAUGGCGGGAGUGGCACACAGCCAGAUGGAAAGUUGGAGUCAAUAUCAGUGAUGCCUGUUUACAAAGAUAAAAGUCACGAGGAAUUGAGAUGGGAGGAUUAUCAGUCAGGAGAUAAAGGUGGACCUAAUCCAGCUGCAGGGAUUGGCUUUGGUGUGUCAACUACACCUUCAAAUCCUUUUGGCUCAUCUUCAACAUUUGGUCAGACAUCUGCAAAUCCUUUUUCCAGCACAAGUACCAAUCCAUUUAGUCUAAAAUCUCCAUCCUUCAAUAGUACGGGUUUUACAACCUUGGCUACUACGUCAAAUCCUUUUCAAUCAACAUCAUCAAGCCUUUUUGGCCCAACUUCGUCUAUGACAACUUCAAUAUUUGGUUCAUCUUCAACUCCUACAUUUGGAACUGGUUCAUCUCUUUUUGGUUCGUCUCCUUCAUUUUCAACUUCACCAUCCAUUUUUGGUACUGGUGUAGCUACGGCAACAGCGUCUACAUUUGCUACUGGUUUAAAUUUUGGCGGCAGUCAGACAUCCCCCCUGUUCAGUUCUACCCCUGCAAUUGGACAGACAGGCAACAAUUUUGGGCAGGCGACCUCUACAUUUGGACAGAAUACUACUAAUUUUGGUCAAACAAGCAUUUUCAACAUUCCUUCCAAUGCGUUUAGUGGGAAUAUGUUUUCAAGCUAUCCCUCUUUGGCUUCUUCUAGCAGCCCAGCUCCCUUUGGCCAAACAACUCCCUCUUUUUCUUCACCUUUUCAGCCAGCUCAGACCAGUGGUGCUUUCAGCUUCAGCAAUUUUGGUCAGACGCAGUCAGGUGGUGGAUCGAGCAUUUUUGGUCAGAGUAAUAUUGGCCUGUCGGCUGCUACACAGAGUGCUGCUGUAGCUCAACCCUCGACUAUUACAAACCCCUACGGGACACUCCCUGCUAUGCCGCAAAUGUCAAUUGGUCGGACUGGGGCUGCCCCAUCUGUUCAAUAUGGAAUUUCUAGCAUGCCUGUUGUGGACAAACCUGCACCUAUUAGAAUAUCCUCCUUAUUGACUUCUCGAUAUCUUUCGCAAAGGCGGAUCAGGUUGCCUGCAAGGAAAUAUCGAACUGAUAAGGACAGUCCGAAGGUUCCGUUUUUCAGUGAUGAUGAAGAGACACCCAGCGUGCCUAAGGCUGAUGCUAUAAUUUUUCCUAGGGAAAACCCAAGGUCUCUAGUCAUUCGUCCUAUAGCAAAUUGGCCUUCCAGAGCCUCUGCAGAGAAGGGAUCGCCAUUGAAGGAUGCAUCCUCUCCAGUGCAUGAGAAUGGCAAAAUUUCUGAUGAUGGCUCCAAAGCUGAGGAUAAAGAUGAAAAUCCUGCUGAAAAUGAUCACGUGAAGCAUCCUGUUAAAGGUAACCAAAAGGCUAACGUAGUCCAGGAUGAUCAUUCUGCCGAGAAAGAGGACUCGUACAAGAGGAUCGGUGGCCACAGAGCUGGUGAGGCGGCUAUUGCCUAUGAGCAUGGGGAUGACAUCGAGGCUCUAAUGCCAAAGCUCCGCCGGUCUGACUACUUUACAGAACCUCGAAUCCAAGAACUGGCAGCUAAGGAAAGGGCUGAACCAGGGUACUGUCGCCGUGUGAAGGACUUUGUGGUUGGGCGGCACGGUUACGGGAGCAUCAAAUUCCUGGGCGAGACGGAUGUGAGACGUCUUGAUCUAGAGUCUCUUGUCCAGUUCAACAACCGUGAGGUGAUCGUUUACCUGGACGACUGCAAGAAACCUCCUGUCGGACAAGGACUUAAUAAACCCGCGGAGGUAACACUUCUCAACAUCAAAUGCUUCGAUAAAAAGACCUCAGAGCAAUAUACAGAAGGCAUCCGAGUCGAGAGAUACAAGAACAUGCUCAAGAGGAAGGCGGAGGAGCAAGGAGCUGAGUUUCUGUCGUUCGAUCCCAUCAAAGGAGAAUGGAAGUUCAAGGUCAAUCACUUCAGCUCGUACAAAUUGGAAGACGACGAUAAAGAUCACUUGUAAAUGAGGGUUGAUAUGAAUUGUACAGGAAUUUGCCAAAUUGUUCCGGGUAACCCACCCGACUGUUGUGUGUUGAGU